AUGGUGAUUCCGGUUUUCUACGACGAUGUUGAUCCUUCUCAUGUCAGAAAACAGACCGGAGAGUUUGGAAAGGCCUUUGAUAAGACCUGCGAGGGCAAAACAGAGGAUGAGAAACAAAGGUGGAUCCAAGCUCUCAAACAAGUAGCAAAUAUCGCUGGAGAGGAUUCACAUAAUUGGGAUCCGCUCCAAAACGCUGGAUAUCCGGCGGUCGGAUCCGAAUUGUAA